UGCUAACUUCACCGUUCGGAAACGCCUUAUGGCACCUCUUACUACAUACAUGCUUUAAUUGAACCAGUCUUAGUCCACGCCCGCCAGCGCCCAUACUAAUUUUCUCCUCUUUUUUCAUUAUUUUCUUCCUUUAUCAUUAUUCCUCCAAACCCCACUCUUUCUGAUCAUAACAACCUAUGCACACAAGACAGAAAGGUAAAGAAUCAGAACUUAGUUUCUGGCAUAAGAAGAAGAGAUGAGCCAGUGGAUACGUGUUGCGGUGGUGGCAUCCGCCGCUGGAUGUGUUUCAACCCUUUUGUUGGUUUUUAUAUGGCGUUGGUGUCAUCACAAAAAGCGUAGAAAUUUUGUUGAACCGGCUAGCCUGGCCAGAAUGGGGAGCCUCCAACCAGGGAUUUCGAGACUUCAUAAUCCCCAGCUUCCAAUUCAUCAUGAAUUGGAUCAGGGGAGCAAGAACAAGGGGAAUUAUUAUGUGUUUCGUGGUGGGGUCUCUGAAAAAAGAACUUUGUUCAACUGGGCUGAUCAUCCUUCUAUGGCCGUUGAUGCUGUUGAAAAUGGGUGGUCUCGAUUUGCUUUCACGGGCUCCAAGAGCUACAUGCCAUCUCCUUCAAAGAGAUCUGCAAUAUUAGGAGUAUGUGCAGCACCAGGAGGUGAUUAUAUUGGAAGAGAAUCAGAGGCUGAGAUAAGCUGGGAAGUUUCACAGGGAUCUGCUGAAUUUAUGCAGAAGGUAAGACUGAAUCCUGGGUUGAAGAAAUCUCAUCAAAACAAUCCUUCUAUGACUGUUGCUUCUGUCAUUAGAACGGCUUUGCCACUGCCUGGUCCUCCUUUGGGAAACUAUGCUUUCCCACAAGAAGCCUAUUUUGAAAUUACCAUCUUGAAUUCUCGGCGUGAUGACUAUGAAUCGGUUGGAAAGAGUAGAGAAGGUGAGAAGACUAAGCUCCUCGUUCAAGGUAAUUCAAAUGCUAAAGGGAAUUCCGAGGCUUUGGUUCAUGUUACCAGCAGCAAUAGUCAUAAAAUCAACAAUGUUGAAGAAAUGAAGCUUGCCAGAAGAGAGGGUGGAAAGAGAGAAUCUGUGAUGUUCUCAUUGGGAUUAACAACAGGAAGCUCUGUUCUUUUGAGAGUUCCAGGAAGCUACCCAGGGAGCAUUGGAUUUAACUCCAACGGUUCUGUUUAUCUUGAUGGUAACUAAUAAAUCACCUUCCCUUAACUUAUUGCUUUCCAAGUUCUUUUAUUUUUUUUUUACCAUUAGUAAAGGUGUUAAGGUCAUUCCAUUCCUUUUGUUCAAGAUUUGUAGACUGGUGGACAUGGUCUUCAGGGGAAACUGAUAAGAGCAGUACAGAUUCACAUUUACAACCUUUUCGUUUUGUGCUGCUGUGUUAGAAAGGGAACAAGGACAACCCAACUCAAGACACAUUUCUAAUCUCACCUAAAAUAUCAACACCAUGAA